AUGACCACCACGGAGAAACCUGGCUUCGACGACGAGAAGGUCCAGCCGGCAACCGACGCAGACCUCUCCUACGAUGUCGAUCCCAAGUCCGAAUUCGAGCUCGGCGUCGGCGGUCGCGCGCCUUUGCAGCGACGCCUGCGCAAUUACCAUGUCACCAUGAUUGGUUUCUGCAGUGGCAUUGGUACCGGUCUCUUCGUGGGAACUGGCUCUGCUUAUGCGAAGGCCGGUCCUGCUGGCUUGCUUCUCGCCUACAUCGUCGUCGGAAUGAUCUUGUGGGCGGUGAUGCAAAGUAUCGCCGAGCUCGCGACACUUUUCCCUACCGCGGGAUCCUUCCCUCACUGGGCGACUCGAUUCGUCGAUCCGGCCGUCGGAUUCUCACUGGCAAUUUCAUACGGAUACUGUUAUACGAUUGCGAUCGCAUCGGAGGUUUCUGCAGCGGCGGUCAUUGUUUCAUAUUGGACGGACAUAACGCCGGCGGUGGUCAUCACCGUCGGCCUGGUCCUGAUUUUGUGGAUCAAUUUGAUGAGCGUGAGGUUCUAUGGUGAAAGUGAGGUGUUCGGAGGUGGCGUCAAGGUCCUCUGUUUCAUCGGCCUGGUCUUUGUCUCCUUGGUGAUCACUGCAGGCGGUGGUCCGACAGGCGACGCGAUCGGGUUCCGCUAUUGGAACAAUCCCGGUCCGUGGACAAAUUACAACGGUGUCACAGGCCCCGCUGGCCACUUUUUCGGCUUCCUGUCCUCAUUCGUCAAUGCUUCUUUCAGUUUCAUCGGUGUCGAGACAGUUGUUAUCACCGCCUCCGAAUCAGUCGAUCCCCACCGCGCCAUUCCCAAGGCCGCGCGCCGAGUCACCUACCGCAUUGCCUUUUUCUAUAUCCUCGGAGCGCUUCUCAUCGGUAUCAUCGUUGACCCGCGCGCCCCCGGCCUUGUCUCCGGCGAUGACAAUGCGAAGAGCUCGCCUUUCGUCAUUGCCAUUGCCAACGCUGGCAUCAAGGCUCUUCCCUCCAUUGUGAACGCGUGUAUUCUCAUUGCAGCCUGGUCCGCCGGUAACUCAUACUGCUGGGUCGGAUCGCGUAUGAUUCUCGCCAUGACCACCGACCGCCAGCUUCCUAAAUUCUUCGGACGCGUGGACAAGAAGGGUGUGCCGUAUGUGGCUGUGAUCGCUUCCUGGCUCUUUGGUCCUCUCGCGUAUCUCAGUCUCGGAUCUGGUGGCGCUGCUCAGGCAUUUACAUGGCUUUUGAACUUGAGCACUGUCGCUGGAUUGAUUGCGUGGGCGACUCUCUGCUUCUGCUACAUCCGUUUCUACGCCGCCAUGAAGAAGCAAAAUGUGAGCCGAGACACCCUACCAUGGAAGGCACCCUUUCAACCUUAUGCCGCAUGGUUUGGUUUCAUCGGUUCUGUAAUCAUCACCCUGGUCGCCGGCUUCCCUGUCUUCUUGAAGGGUAACUGGAGUACCUCGGACUUUAUCGCUUCUUACAUUGGUAUCCCUAUCUUCAUUGUUCCCAUCAUUCUGUGGAAACUCUUUUACCGCACCAAGUUCGAGCGUGCUGCCAAUAUUGACUUAUGGUCAGGUCGCCUCCAGGAUGGGGAGAUCACACGGGAUGAGACUCCCCGGACUGGCGUCCUUCAAAAGUUUUCUGAUUGGCUUUUCUAA